GCCUAUCAAAGCCUCCACUGAACCCCCAGCUCAGUAGCAGCGGGGUUGUUCGAGCGCUUAUUUGGCCUAGUAGCCAUCGCUAGUAGGUUGGAGGCCACCGCUAUUAGGUUGGAGCCCUUUCAGUGUUUGGGUUCUUCGAGGCCGAUGUCACCGCUCCAUGGCCUUCGUCCUUGGAGUUCCUCGCCACGGGCAGCGAUGCAGAGUUCUCCGGCUUCGUGACCCCCUUGGCAGAGAUGACCAAGUGCCCGGGAUCGGAAACGGAGAUGAAGAAUGUUCGCUACUAGGGUUACUAGGGGCCCCUGGCAUCGCUACUAGGAGCAAGGACGCUAUGCUUUGUGCCCGGGAUCGGACACGGGAUUUGGCAAAGUGCCCGGAGAGCCGUUGACAACCGUUGACCCAUGUGGUCCAUGUCGAUGUUGAGCUUGAGCCACUUGACAUGACGGAUUGACGGAUUGGUCUGAAACAUUCUGAAACAGCUCAAAUGAAGCCAAGAAUUCUCAUCGCAAGCAGAGAAGGAAAAGCACAGAUUGGGAGCACAGGGACUUGGACCUUUGGUAAAGAGUUCAGACAAUUCAAGCGCGAAUCGAAGCUCGGAUUCCCGGUGGUUCGCCCGGAACCUGUUCCAAUCCCUUCCAAUCUUUGCCCUCACAGAUGGAUGCACUGCCGGGAUGAGGACUAGGGUGACUUGGAUUUGGAUCAGAGACUCCAAUAGUUAUUCAAUAAUAAAAAGGAUUUGCAAAGCUGAACUUGAAGUGAGCUGGUGGAAUUAUACGAUGCUGUCAACUCUUGAAGUUGCCGCUAGUUUCGGACGUUUGUCUCCAGACAUAGCCAUUUCCUCAUGUGGCCCUGCUGGUCAUCGGCUUGGUGGGUUCUACCAGACAGUUCUCAAGCUGCUGAAUGCCGGUCUUCUACAGACUGGAAUUGAUGCACAUUGAUGCACCAAGUGCGUGUGAGAACCCUUGGGAUGAAAAACGGCGCCAAGAUGAGCUCACCUAUACGGCGACUUGGGGUUCCUAUUUCAAUCCACACGCAGAGAAUGAGAGCGUCGCUGGCUGGCAGAGAGGCUUGGAGCACAAUCCAUUGGUUGGAAUGAGGGCCUUGACCUUCAUCCAGACUCUCGGAAGCGUGGAAAGAUCGGUUGGUACUUCCGAAAUUUGAGACGGAGUUUUUUGAGUCAUUUGAUGUGUCCAGUAGUAGCGGAUGGGUAUUCAAGACCUUUCAUAGCAGUUCUGGUGUGGUCGGGCCCGUGAUCAGAUCAGUCAUGGAUGAUCUAUUUCGAUCGAUGUCACAGUUCCAACGUAAUUGCCAAAGAUGGGUGUGAUCAGAGCUUGGGUGUGCGUAGUGUUUGGGAAACAGCAGCCGAUUUGAUGCCCCCUUUUUCCAAACACAAGCAAUGUCACCAUGUGUCCUCUAAGGUCAAACUCAACUCGAGGAGUUUUGGCAUUUCGCGGCACUGACCUCAACACCUCCCAGUCCAGUGGCCAAGCAGACACCUGUGCGGAUGCGUUUCUGCAGCUGGAUCUAAAACAUUCUCUGCCACCAUGGUGCAAUCAAUUCACUCUCCAUCAGUUGGACUACUUAUCACGAGCCCUGGAGUUUGCUGAGCGGAUUGUUGGGGCCUAUCCGUCCAUCCAUUGGCUCUACACUGGCCAUUCCUUGGGCGCAGCAUUGGCACAGCUGGUUGCCGCACAGCGUGGCGCCUCUGCCGCGACCUUCAGCGCACCAGCGCUGAAACCGCUUUUGCCACGCUUGCAGAAUCCGACGCUGCGCACGUGGGGUGCGGUGACCUUCUACGACCAAUAUGACCCCUUGCGCUUCACAGCACUCAACGAGCUUUGGAAUGCAAACUGCACUUGGCAUCGCUCCUCAGCACCCACUGGCUGCCAUGAGUGUGAGGAGCGCAUCAUUGACAUGCACUCGGAUGUAUGUGAAGAGUGCUUCAUGAAGGCUCACAUUUUCAAGAACUAUCUCGAGCUGGUUUUGUCUGGGAAGCGCCCAGACUGCCAUCAGAGGCAUGUGCAUGAUCCAUUCCUAGUGUGAGCAUUUGCGCCCACUUUAACACUGAAAGAAUGAAAGCUACAUGCACCCGUUCGAGGUCUGUCUCAAUAGAGCACCUCCAGUAGAACAUGUUGCAGCGAGGGCCAUUCAGCGCCUUUGCAACUUUGAACUUUGGCAGGGC